UCCUGUUCCCAGGAUUCAAAGGCUUGCUCUGCCAAGUUCCAACCCCUCACGUUUUCCCUCCCUCUUCUUCCCAUCUCAAUCCCUCCUCCUGCCCUUCGCUAAUUGCUAAUUGCUCGGUUGGUGGCUUCUCCCCAAGAAUAACGCACCUUUCGCCCGUCUACUCCCGAUUCGUGGUUCCAGGAUAUAUGUCAUAAUGCAGGUUUCUAAGACUCAGGUAAUGGCAGAGCAGUCAUACAUCUACCAGGCUGGGUGGCUGGUCAGAAAUUACUUGCUAGCAGAUCAUCUUGUUGCAUGUACCUCUGUCCUUGUUGGCAUUUAUAUGUGCAAGAUGGCAUAUGAUGUUACCCAUAUGAUUAGUUCUCUUUACUAUAAGGGAUAUGCUUCCCUCACAAAGAUCCAACGUAUCGAGUGGAAUAAUAGGGGAAUGUCAAGUGCCCAUGCGAUUUUUAUCACGGUGAUGUCAUUAUAUUUAGUAUUCUUCUCAGAUCUUUUCUCAGAUUGCACUGAAGGGCCAGUUAUAUUCCGGAGUUCAAGUUUAUCUAUAUUUACAUUAGGGGUUUCUGUUGGAUACUUCGUGUCGGACCUUGCAAUGAUCUUUUGGCUAUAUCCUUCCCUUGGUGGAAUUGAAUAUGUUCUCCAUCAUCUGCUAUCUGCAACAGCAAUUUCUUACACUAUGUUGUCCGGGGAAGGGCAGCUGUACACAUACAUGGUCCUUAUUUCUGAGACCACAACACCUGGAAUAAAUUUACGAUGGUUCCUUGACACUGCUGGAAUGAAAAAAUCUAGCGCAUAUCUAGUUAAUGGUGUCAUGAUGUUUAUUGCAUGGCUGGUGGCAAGAAUAUUGUUGUUCAUCUACUUGUUCUACUACAUCUAUUUGUACUAUGAUCAGGCAGAUGCACACGUUAGGCUACCUUCUUACUUUGCUGGUACCCGCAGCACUAUUUAUCAUGAACAUCAUGUGGUUUACAAAGAUUCUAAGGGGACUCAGAAAGACACUAGCCAAGCGGCAAUGAUAGUUGAUGUCCAUAAAUUUCCUGUAUAAAGUUUCUGAUAUCAUCAGCAUAGGAGAAAGUGAAAAAUAAUGAAGCUUACUAGCAAAUGAAUCACUGUUAAUAUUGGUUUUGCCGUUAAUUCUUUAACCUCAUUUAGUGUAUAUUCUGGAAAAAUGUUUAUACUAAGAGUUGUAAGUUAUUUUUCCCAA